GUUUGAAGUUAAACCUCUCCCCUUCAUCUCUUCCCUUUGUUUCUCCCUCCAAAAGUUUCUUCCUCACUUUGCUUCCAUGGCGGUCGCAGAACUAGGCCAUGCUUACACAACGACUGACUUCAGUAAUUCGCGCUUCCUCACUUAUGUCUCAUCGUCCACUCGUCUCUCCUAUCACCGCCGUCUGAGUUAUCGGAAUCUCCCUCGAACUCCGACUACUGCUAUCCGUUGUUCAGUUACCUCCGACAAAAUUCAAGCUCCGGUUGGUAUUGAUUCGAAACAGAAGCCUGAUUGUUUCGGUGUAUUCUGCCUCACUUAUGAUCUAAGUGAUCUGAAGGCUGAAGAUCAAACAAAAUCAUGGAAGAAAAUGAUUAAUGUUGCAGUCUCAGGUGCUGCUGGGAUGAUAUCCAAUCAUCUACUCUUCAAGCUAGCAUCAGGUGAGGUUUUUGGCCCAGAUCAACCUAUUGCCCUCAAACUUUUGGGAUCUGAACGAUCAUUUGGAGCUCUUGAAGGAGUGGCAAUGGAACUUGAGGACUCUUUGUAUCCAUUAUUGAGAGAAGUAAGCAUUGGCAUAGAUCCAUAUGAGGUAUUUGAAGAUGCAGAAUGGGCUCUUUUGAUUGGAGCUAAACCUAGAGGCCCUGGAAUGGAAAGAGCCGAUUUGUUAGACAUUAAUGGCCAAAUCUAUGCUGAACAGGGAAAAGCUCUCAAUGCUGUUGCUUCACGUAAUGUCAAAGUCAUGGUUGUAGGAAACCCUUGCAAUACCAAUGCUUUGAUUUGUAUGAAAAAUGCUCCAAAUAUACCUGCAAAGAAUUUUCAUGCUUUAACUAGACUAGAUGAGAAUAGAGCAAAAUGCCAGUUGGCUCUCAAAGCUGGAGUUUUUUAUGACAAAGUCUCUAAUGUCACCAUUUGGGGAAACCACUCGACUACUCAAGUUCCUGAUUUUUUAAAUGCUAAAAUACACGGGAUUCCUGUGCCAGAGGUUAUUACAGAUAGGAAAUGGCUAGAAGAGGACUUUACCAAAAUGGUUCAAACUAGAGGUGGUGUUUUAAUUAAAAAAUGGGGAAGAUCUUCAGCUGCAUCAACUGCUGUUUCUAUUGUGGAUGCAAUAAGGUCUCUUGUAACACCCACACCCGAAGGUGAUUGGUUUUCAACUGGAGUUUAUACAAAUGGAAAUCCUUAUGGAAUAGCAGAAGAUAUUGUUUUUAGCAUGCCCUGUAGGUCCAAGGGGGAUGGUGAUUACGAGCUUGUCAAAGAUGUCAUAUUUGAUGACUACCUUCGUAAGAGAAUUAAAAAGUCGGAAGAUGAGCUGCAAGCGGAGAAGAAAUGUGUAGCACACUUAACAGGAGAGGGAAUUGCAGUAUGUGAUCUACCUGAGGAUACGAUGCUUCCAGGAGAAAUGUAGAAGAGUACUACAGUCUACAGUUGAUGAUCUUUUCAUAUACAGUGAUACUGAGAUCUCUGGUAAACAGAAUUAGAAUCAUGUUUAUGAAAUGUUAAUAAGGGGGCAAUUGAUGCCAUGUUAUUAGUUUGAGGUUAUUUAUAAAUUAUAAUUAUGUUUUAACUCCUUUUCCCUCUCAUGUCAUGUCAUCUUUGUACAUGUAUGCUAUAUAUCCUACUUGCUCUUCUGUUUUCGGAGACUCCAAAUUAAUUACAAAGUCGUGAUUUAAUCGAGAAAAUACAAGUUCAGACGUUAUUU